AUGUUGUCGCUCGUUUUGAUGAUUGUGUUCGUGCAUAUCGCAAUUUACCUAGUCAACACAGUCGGCGCAUCGACAAUCGACCUACUAGUAUGGCACCUGUACCUGAAACUGCCUUCUUCCACCUCCAGAAAUGCCUGCGAGCAACAGCGCCUUAAGAAGAAUGUGGUCGAAUUGAAGCGCGAGAUGAACAGCACCAGCUCACAAGAUGAGUUCGCGAAAUGGGCAAAGCUACGCAGACGACACGAUAAGGCUUUGGAGGAAUUCGAGGCAAUGAACAAGAUUAUCUCGACCCAGAAAAGCUCGUUCGACUGGACCGUUAAGACCGCCCGCUGGCUCAGCACCAACGGACUGAAGAUGUUCCUACAAUUCUGGUACUCCAAGACGCCUGUUUUUGCCCUCCCACACGGCUGGCUCCCUUACUACGUCGAAUGGAUUCUUUCGUUCCCUCGUGCGCCAUUGGGUUCUGUGAGUAUUCAAGUAUGGAAUAAUGUGUGUGCGUCGGCUGUCGCUGUUUUUGCUGAAAUGCUGGGUGCACUGUUGGUGCAGAUUAUUGGCCAGAAGGGAAGUGCUGUACCCGCUGAGCAGGAGGCCAAAAAGGCACAAUGA